AUGCCAAAAAAUGAUCUCCCGCUUUACUUUGAAGAAUUAAAAAUCAAAGAAGAUUCAGCCCUUACUCUUUCAGACUUACUGGCUCAAAUUAAACAGCAAAUCCCAGUUAAUUAUUUAGAAAUAAAUCUUGAAGAAGGCAAUUAUGAAAUUCAACUUGAUCUUCCUCAUUCCUUAAUGGAUAAAUUAGGAUUAAAGAAAGGAGAAGACAUUAUUCAACCUCUUUAUUUAGAUCCGCAAGUUCUAACUAGAACAGAAACUUAUAAAGGGAUCACUCUGCAAGAAGGAGAAAUCAUUCUAGUUAAUCCUCAUAAAAUCACCCUUAAAGAUCAAGCAAUCCAAACUGAUUUAAGUAGGGAUGGAAUUAAAGCACUAGAAAAUACAAUAGCCAAACAAUCUGAACAAAUUCAAGCCAAAGAUAGAGAAAUUACUGAUUUAAGAAAUCAAUUAUCCCCAUGA